UGUGUGUAGCGUCUCGGAACAGUUUAUUAUUUAAUAUGAACAAAAAAGCUGUGUUUUUAUUAUAUUUGCUGUAUUUGCGAAAAAAGAAGUGUCGAGAAAAAAGACGAAGACGAUAUUGGGUCCAUCCCAUAUUAUCUCAAAAAUAUGUAGAAGGAGCAUUUUAUACAAUGUUUGAAAAAUUGCGCGAGCAUGAUGAAAAGUUUUUUAACUACUUCAGAAUGAGCACAGCUACAUUUGACUACUUACUAGAAAAGUUAUCAUGUAGCUUACAAAGACAAGAUACUCAAAUGAGAUUAUGUGUACCUCCAAAAGAAAUGCUGGCAAUAACACUGAGAUAUUUGGCAAGUGGAAACACGUUCACGGAUAUGCAUUAUGCCUACAGAUUAGGAGUUUCAACCAUAAGCAAGAUUAUAAAAGAUGUUUGUCAUAGUAUUUGGAAUAUUUUGAAAGAUGAAUAUCUUCCAACUCCAACAGUAGAAAAUUGGAAGGACAUUGCUGAUGGAUUUACAAGAAAUGCUCAGUUUCCGCACUGCAUAGGAGCUGUGGACGGGAAACACGUCCGCAUUAUGAAGUUUCCAGGCAGUGGAUCGAUGAAUUUGAAUUAUAAACAUUUUUUUUCGAUAGUCCUAAUGGCUAUUGCGGAUUCUAAUUACCGCUUUAUAUACGUAGACAUAGGUGCCUUUGGUAAGGAUUGCGACUCAUCCAACGACUUCAUAAGAGCCAUAAAUGUUGGUAAGGAGUACGCAAAAGAUAUUGUUAAAGCGUGCAUAAUUUUGCACAACCUAGUUCGAGAAAAAGAUGGCACUCGUGUAGAAGAUAUGUACGCACCAGACAGAGAGCUACAAAAUCUACCACCAACUACAGCAUGUCGCGGUGGACGAGCUGCCAAUGAUGUUCGCGAUAAAUUUGCAGAAUUCUUUGUAAGUCCAGAGGGAUCCUUACCAUGGCAAAUGUCUAAAAUUUAG